GUCUCGGUCCUACCAAUUCUCCAUUGAACAGCAACCAAGGAAUUCGCACAGAGUUCCGAGCGAAACAUGGCCACAAGCGGAAUUGUCGAAACUUUUCCCACGGGCGCCCUGGUGCCCAAGGCGGAAACGGGAGUGCUGAACUUCCUGCAGAAGUAUCCGGAGUACGACGGUCGCGACGUCACCAUAGCCAUCUUCGAUUCCGGCGUAGAUCCCCGGGCAACGGGACUGGAGACGCUAUGCGACGGAAAAACCGUAAAAGUGAUCGAGCGGUAUGACUGCUCCGGAUGCGGGGACGUGGACAUGAAGAAGAAAGUGACGCCGGAUGAAGGCGGCAACCUGAAGGGCCUGUCCGGCAACUCACUUAAAUUGACACCGGAAAUGAUGGCCCUGAACACGGACCCGGACAAGGCGGUGCGGGUGGGCCUUAAGAGCUUCAGCGAUCUGGUGCCUUCCAAGAUAAGGAACAACAUCGUGGCCCAGGCCAAGCUGAAGCACUGGGACAAGCCGCACAAGACGGCCACUGCCAAUGCCAGUCGUAAGAUUGUAGAGUUUGAGUCACAAAAUCCAGGGGAAGCCUCCAAGCUGCCCUGGGAAAAGAAGAUAGUCAAGGAGAACCUGGACUUUGAGCUGGAGAUGCUCAACAGCUAUGAGAAGGUGUACAGCGAAAUCAAGACGUCCUACGACUGCAUCCUCUUCCCAACAGCCAACGGCUGGCUAACCAUAAUUGACACCACGGAGCAGGGAAAUCUGGAGCAAGCCCUGCGCAUCGGCGAGUACUCGCGGACGUACGAGACCCGCAAUGUGGACGAUUUCCUCUCCAUAUCCGUGAACGUCCAUGACGAGGGCAACGUGCUGGAGGUGGUGGGUAUGUGCUCGCCCCACGGCACCCACGUCUCGUCCAUAGCCAGCGGAAACCACAGCUCCCGGGAUGUGGAUGGCGUGGCUCCGAAUGCCAAGAUCGUGUCGAUGACCAUCGGCGAUGGUCGACUGGGUUCCAUGGAGACCGGAACAGCACUGGUCCGGGCCAUGACCAAAGUGAUGGAGCUGUGCCGCGACGGCAAGCGUAUCGACGUGAUCAACAUGAGCUACGGCGAGCACGCCAACUGGUCGAAUUCCGGCCGCAUUGGGGACCUGAUGAACGAGGUGGUCAACAAGUACGGCGUGGUGUGGGUCGCCUCUGCCGGUAAUCAUGGUCCGGCACUCUGCACGGUGGGCACCCCACCGGACAUCAGCCAGCCCAGUUUGAUCGGCGUUGGCGCCUACGUCUCGCCCCAGAUGAUGGAGGCCGAGUAUGCGAUGCGGGAAAAGCUGCCCGGCAACGUUUACACCUGGACAUCGCGCGAUCCAUGCAUCGACGGCGGGCAGGGCGUGACCGUGUGCGCUCCAGGCGGAGCCAUUGCGUCCGUGCCGCAGUUUACCAUGAGCAAAUCGCAGCUAAUGAAUGGUACCAGUAUGGCUGCGCCUCAUGUGGCUGGUGCCGUGGCGCUGCUCAUCUCCGGACUGAAACAACAGAACAUCGAGUAUUCGCCGUACAGUAUUAAGCGUGCACUCAGCGUCACUGCCACCAAACUAGGAUAUGUGGAUCCCUUUGCCCAGGGCCAUGGCUUGCUCAAUGUGGAGAAGGCCUUUGAGCACUUGACGGAGCAUCGGCAGUCCAAGGAUAAUAUGCUGAGGUUCUCCGUGCGUGUCGGCAACAACCAGGCCAAGGGCAUUCAUUUGCGCCAGGGCGUGCAGCGCAAUUUCAUCGACUAUAAUGUGAACAUUGAGCCAAUCUUCUUCAACGACAAGGAGACGGAUCCCAAGGAAAAGUUUAACUUCAAUGUGCGCCUGAAUCUCAUUGCAUCGCAGACAUGGGUUCAAUGUGGAGCUUUCCUGGAUCUCAGUUACGGAACCCGCAGCAUUGUGGUGCGCAUCGAUCCAACUGGCCUCCAGCCAGGUGUCCACAGCGCCGUGAUUCGUGCCUUCGACACCGAUUGUGUGCAGAAGGGUGCCCUAUUCGAGAUUCCCGUCACGGUGGUGCAGCCCCAUGUGCUGGAGUCUGACCACAACAAGCCCGUGUUUGAACCAGCGACUUCAAAGGGGGACAAUAGCGUGGAAUUCCAGCCAAACACCAUUCAAAGAGACUUCAUCCUGGUGCCAGAACACGCCACUUGGGCGGAGCUGCGCAUGCGCAUCACCGAUCCCAAUCGUGGCAAGGACAUUGGCAAGUUCUUCGUUCACACGAACCAGUUGCUUCCCAAGCAAUCCUGCCGCAAACUGGAGACCAUGAAGAUCGUAGCUGUUGGCUCUGAGAACGAAUCCACCAUGGCUUUCAAAGUUAAGUCUGGCAAGAUUCUGGAGCUGUGUAUUGCAAAGUAUUGGUCCAACUAUGGACAGAGUCACCUGAAGUACAGUCUGCUGUUCCGGGGAGUUGAAGCCCAUAAUCCCAAUGCCUAUGUUAUGCAUGCCGGAAGGGGCAUUCACAAGCUGGAGGUCGAGGCCUUGGUUUCGGAGGACGUGCAGCCGCUUCUGCAGCUAAAGAACGCCGCAGUGGUGCUGAAGCCCACCGAGGCCAAGAUCUCGCCGCUAAGUGCCACUCGAGACGUCAUCCCAGACGGACGACAGGUGUACCAGAACCUGCUGGUCUUCAGUUUGAACGUGGCCAAGCCCGCGGAGGUGGCGCUGUACGCACCGAUCUUCAACGAUUUGCUGUACGAGGCAGAGUUUGAGUCCCAGAUGUGGAUGCUGUACGAUGCGAACAAGGCCCUGGUCGCCACCGGCGACGCCCACUCCCACACCUUCUUCACAAAGCUCGAAAAGGGUGACUAUACUGUGCGACUGCAGGUUCGCCACGAGAAGCGCGAACUACUGGAGAAGAUCUCGGAGGCCAACCUGGUGGCCGCUUUCAAGCUGACCAAUGUGCUCUCUCUCGACUGUUACGAGAACUACAACCAGUGCAUUGUGGGCGGUCGCAAGUUCGUUAAUGCUCUGCUGAGAGGCUCCACCCGAGUGCUGUACAUAGCACCUAUUGCCCAGGAGCGGCUCACUAAGGCCAACCUGCCCGCACAAUGCGCCUGGCUGAGCGGCAAUCUAGUAUUCCCGCAAGACGAGGCCGGACGUCGCGUGGCCCUACAUCCCUUCAACUACAUCCUCAAUCCUGCCGACAGGAAGGCUCCCACAAAUGGCUCCAGCAACGGUUCUAGUUCUGCAGGAUCCUCAGCAGCAGCAGCCGCCGCCGUUACUGCCAAUUCGGCCAAACCAAAGGCUCCGGCCACUCCACAGGCAGCAAACUCGGUAAACAAUCCCGCGGCAGGAGAUGGAGUCACGGUCCAGGGUGACCCGCCGGUGGAUGGCAGUGCCAGCCCCGCCUCGCCCAAAAAGGGCAAAACAAAUGCCGACGAUUAUGCCGAAAGCUUGCGCGACUUCCAAUGCUCGCACAUUGCCAAAUGUGAGCUUGAGAUGGCGGAGAAGAUCUACAACGAGGUGGUGAAUGCCCAUCCCAAGCACCUGCAGGCAAACCUGUUGCUCAUUCAAAAUAUUGAGUCCACUCAGUUGAAGUCACAACUGCCGCUGACCUUUGCCAACGCCCAGAAGACAUCUCCCCCGGAUGCAGGAGAAGGUUCAGACAAGCAGAAGGAGGACCAAAAGAAGGUGCGCAGCGCCCUGGAGCGCAUAGUCAAGCUAGCUGAUAAGGUGAUCCAGGAGACCGAUGCCGAGGCACUGCUCUCGUUCUACGGUCUGAAGAACGAUACUCGAUCAGAUGCAGCAAAGAUAAAGACAAACAUGGACAAGCAAAAGAACAAUCUCAUCGAGGCCCUGAGCAAGAAGGGCAUUGCCCUGGCCAAGCUCGCUGUUUUGGAUGACAGCAUCAAGGAUAGCCUGGUCGAGAUUAAUGAUCUAUACACGGAGAUAAUUAAGUUCGUGGACGCCAACGACCCCAAAGCCAUUCAGUUUGCUCUGUGGCACGCCUAUGCCAACGCCCACUAUGGCCGUAUGUACAAGUACGUGGUGAAGCUGAUCGAGGAGAAGCGCACCCGCGAUCACUUCGAGGAGCUGGCCGCCAUUAACGGUGCCCUGGGUCACGAACACAUCCGGACAGUCAUCAACCGCAUGAUGAUCACCGCCUUUCCCAGCAGUUUCCGUUUGUUUUGAGCGCCAAUCAGCAAGCAGUAGCCACCAUAAUUAUUCACGCUUCGAUGCGAUCAUUGUUUUUUGUAUCUAAAGUAAUCAAUAUGUAUAUGAAUAAAUGCUAUUAAUUGAAAUUA